CUGUUUCAGGUUCAUGAACCAGUGGAAAUCAAUGUGCGUGUACUGACAAGCGGUUAUUGGCCAACACAAUCCGCUCCGGACUGUGUCCUUCCAGCAGCUGCCGCUCAGGCAUUCGAGAGUUUCAGAGCGUUCUACCUAAGCAAACAUAAUGGCCGUAAAAUCUCACUGAAUCCAAUGCUUGGUCAUGCUGAUGUGAAAGCUGUUUUUUACAAUACGUGUGUAAAUCCCGAAGAACUGAGCCAACAGGAAUCUGAUCUUGCUGGACCAUCGAUGGUUCCUCGUGUUAAAGAGGAGCAUAAGAUACUGACA